UAUUCAGAACAGGGUAAGGCAAGAAAAGCCGAAUGAAGAUUUUGGUCCAUAAAUAAAAGCACCACCACCUUUGCGUUUGUCUCUCUCUGCUUGCAUUAGGGGCAUUUGCCUUCUCCUUGGUCUUCGCGGGUCCUAUAGGCAACACGGUUUUCUCUCCUACAGCCAAACCUCAAAAGCAUCAACUCUGAAAAUAAAAAUGCGCUCUCUCUCUCUCUCUCUCUUCAACUGCCAAACCUGCGCAAAAAGAAUGAUGAAGCUUUCAAUUUAGCACUUUUUUCUUGAAGAAGUAUUCCUCCUUGUGUUGGGAAGUUCAAGCAAACAACCGUCAAGAUGUCUGGUUUUGUGGGUGUCCUUGUUUCUGAUUCAUGGCUACAGAGCCAAUUCACCCAAGUCGAGCUUCGCACCCUCAAGUCCAAAUAUGUUUCUGUAAGGACUCAGUCUGGUCGCGUCACAGUGGGAGAUUUGCCACCCGUUUUUGUGAAAUUGAAGGCUUUCACUGAAAUGUUUACCGAGGAUGAGAUUAAGGCCAUUUUGGGGGAGUCAUAUAAGGACAUGAAUGGAGAACUUGAUUUUGAAUCCUUCCUUCGGGCAUAUUUAGAUUUGCAAUCCCGAGCUACAGCAAAAUCCGGGGGUUCCAAGAAUUCCUCAUCAUUCCUCAAAGCCACUACAACGACUGUCCAUCACUCAAUUAACGAAUCAGAGAAGGCUUCUUAUGUUUCCCACAUUAACAGCUACCUGGCAGAUGAUCCAUUUUUGAAGAAGUAUCUUCCAAUAGAUCCAUCUACAAAUGCUUUGUUUGAUCUUGCAAAGGGUGGAGUUCUUCUCUGUAAGCUUAUAAAUUUAGCUGUUCCUGGCACCAUAGAUGAGCGAGCUAUUAACACUAAAAAGGUCCUCAAUCCAUGGGAGAAGAAUGAGAAUCAUACACUUGGCCUCAAUUCUGCAAAGGCUAUUGGCUGCACAGUCGUUAAUAUUGGCACACAGGAUUUAGCUGAAGCAAGACCACAUCUGUUACUUGGCCUGAUUUCUCAAAUAAUCAAGAUUCAACUAUUAGCUGAUCUCAAUCUGAAGAAAACUCCCCAACUUGUGGAAUUGGUGGAUGACAGCAAGGAUGUGGAGGAGCUUUUGAGUUUACCGCCUGAAAAGGUUUUACUGAAAUGGAUGAAUUUUCAUUUGAAGAAAGCUGGAUAUGAGAAACAAGUUACAAACUUCUCUUCUGACGUCAAGGAUGGAGAGGCAUAUGCUUACCUGCUUAAUGCUCUUGCACCCGAACACUCAGGCCCCGCUGCCUUGGAUACAAAGGAUCCUAAAAAAAGAGCAGACAUGGUUCUUGCACAUGCUGAGAAAUUGGAUUGCAAAAGAUACCUCACUCCUAAGGACAUUGUCGAGGGUUCACCAAAUCUGAAUCUUGCAUUUGUUGCACAAAUAUUCCAGCACAGGAAUGGCUUGACAGUCGACAGCAAAAAGAUGUCCUUUGCUGUGAUGAUGACCGAUGAUGCAGAAACUUCUCGGGAGGAGAGAUGCUUCCGAUUAUGGAUUAACAGUCUUGGAAUUGCUUCCUAUGUCAAUAAUGUCUUUGAAGAUGUCAGAAAUGGAUGGAUUCUUUUAGAAGUUCUUGACAAAGUUUCACCAGAAUCAGUUAACUGGAAGCAGGCAUCAAAGCCUCCUAUAAAGAUGCCAUUUAGAAAAGUUGAGAAUUGCAACCAAGUUAUAGGGAUUGGGAAGCAAUUAAGGUUCUCCCUUGUGAAUGUAGCUGGGAACGAUAUUGUGCAAGGAAAUAAAAAACUCAUACUAGCAUUUCUAUGGCAACUCAUGAGGUUCACUAUGCUCCAACUCCUAAAAAACUUGAGAUCACAUUCCCAAGGUAAAGAGGGAAAAGAGAUAACAGAUGCUGACAUUCUAAAAUGGGCAAACAACAAAGUGAAGAAAGCAGGCAGAACCUCCCAAAUGGAGAGCUUCAAGGAAAAAAACCUUUCAAAUGGGAUUUUCUUCCUUGAACUUCUUAGUGCUGUAGAGCCAAGGGUGGUCAAUUGGAGUGUUGUUACAAAGGGAGAAACUGAGGAAGAUAAGAAGUUGAAUGCAACAUAUAUAAUAAGUGUUGCACGAAAGCUGGGGUGUUCCAUUUUCUUGUUACCUGAGGAUAUUAUAGAGGUAAACCAGAAGAUGAUCCUUAUUUUGACAGCAAGCAUCAUGUAUUGGAGCCUACAGCAACCUGCAGAGGAGUCAGAAUCUAACCCUUCUGAAGAGAGUAAUACUCCUGAUGCAUCCUCUGCAGCUUCAAUGGAUGGUGAUAGGGAAACGGCUUUGGCUUCUGAGGUCUCGAAUUUGGCAGUCAACGAUGCUGCUUCAGAUACUGCUGAUACCACUCCCGCCCAAUUGGUUGAAAAUGAGGAAUCCUCUGGUAAGGUUGAGGGAAAGGACAGUCCUGAUUGGGAAUAACCGGAAAUACAACUCAACAUAAUUUUUUCUUCUUCGAUUCUUUAUUUUUUGUUUUUACUAGAGAAUGGGAAAGGAUGUAAUUGGUUGUAGUUAGCAAUAUUGUCGCUCGUCAUGUAUGACAGAGCCCUCAAUCUAUUUAUUUGCUUGUAAACCACAGAAGAAAAAAGGGGUCCUGUAAAUCUUCUUUGUUUAACUAAAGGUUUCUGUCUUUGGUUUAUAUUCUUUUGACUCGAUCUUCAUUAAGGGGAAUAAUAUAAGUGGGGCUUAGAUGCUUUAUUUGUUCA